CUCUUACUUAUCUUUUCUCAUAGAACAAAUGCACACUUUUUCCAGGUGCUGUCAGCCUGUGACUACUUGUGACUGAGAUCAUGCACACCAAGGAAAACUCAUGCUGCUGUUCCUUUGAGGACUGCAAACUGACUACAGAAUGGCUGCUGAGCAGGACGAGACACAGGCCAAAGAUAGCUAUCGUGUGCGGCUCUGGACUGGGACUUCUCGCAGACAGUGUCUCAAAUAAACAGAUCAUCCGCUAUGAGGACAUUCCCAAUUUCCCAGUGAGCACAGUUCCUGGUCAUGAAGGGUGCCUGGUGUUUGGUCAAAUCAAAGGCGAGUCCUGUGUCUUCAUGCAAGGAAGGUUUCAUCUGUACGAGGGUUACUCAUUGUGCAAGGUCACGUUUCCCGUGCGGAUCUUCAAGCUGAUGGGUGUGGAGACCAUUAUCGUAACAAACGCCUCUGGAGGUCUUUGUCAGGAUUUCAAAGUGGGAGACAUUAUGGUCAUUAAGGACCAUAUUAACUUGCCGGGGUUUGCUGGACAGCACCCACUGUGUGGACCCAAUGAUGAACGAUUUGGGAUCCGGUUUCCUUGUAUGUCUGAUGCUUACAGCAAAGACUUGAGGAAAUUAGUUUUGGACAUCACUGCUGAGUUGGGCUACUCUAAUUUUGUGCGAGAGGGAGUCUACUGUAUGGUUAGUGGACCCAACUUUGAGACCAUCGCAGAGGCACGCAUGCUGCACAUCCUGGGGAGCGACUCUGUUGGCAUGAGCACAGUUCCUGAGGUGACGGUAGCCAAGCAUUGCGGACUGCGGGUCCUUGGCCUAUCGCUCAUCACCAACAAGGUUUCUCUUGACUACAGUCGUGAGGAAAAAGUGAAUCAUGAGGAGGUGCUGCAAAUCAGCAAGAUGAGAGCUGAGAUGCUCCAGAACAUGCUCAUGACCUUCAUCGCUCGCUCUCACCAAGUGGAGACCAUCAACAACAAUUGCAUCUAUUCAAAUACCGUCUAGGGUCAAUCAAACCAAUCAUUGGCGGUGUGGAAGUCAUGUGAUUGGAGAAAAUAGAUCAUUCUAAAGGCUCUAUGUUAUGUUUAGCCUUUAUUUAUCUGGUUGUGCUCUUGGAGAGGAUGUAUUUGAUCUCCAGUUGUCUUGUUGACUUUUCAAUAUGAAAAUACAAAAAAUAGUGAAUAAACCUCCUUAUAGUUGAAAUGAAACGUUUGACAACUCAAUGGGAACAUGUUUCAAACCAUGUUUAUAAGGCAAAAACAACACUCUGUUUCAGAAGAUAUGGUUCUUAAUCUACAUGUUAAAGCAACACUAAGUACGAUUUUUUUUUUACCUUAAAAUAAUGUUUCCAAAAUCGUUUCAGUGGUUCAUUAAAGGAGUAUUUCGCAAAAAUUAUGGACCAAUAUUUCAAAUAAUUGUUACCGCAGUGUCCAACCACACACUGGUUGUAUUUGUAUGGUUUUCUCAAUAUCCCCUGCUGGUAGAUGCAGUGACUACAUGCAGUUAAAAAAAAA